CGAUUUACCCAGGAGUGUCAAUCCGGGGCUACGUGAAGCCGAGACCAAAGAAGUGUGCUUACUCCGCCAUGGGCAGUAAUGGUCCGAAAUCUCAGCUAUCACUGCCAGAAAGAUGCCGAACCCCUGUAGUGCGUUAUGCCAUUUCGUAAAGGACCAAGCAGCCAUUAAGAUGAUGACCGACAUGCACUGUUACAACCAGCUGCCUUAAGGAGUUCAGAGCCGGAGCAAUCGUGCAAAUCCGUUUAUUUUCAGCAAAUUUUCUGCUCUCUUAUAGCACAUUGCUUGUCUAAAUCAUUCCUUUUCGUAAGACACAUCUUUUAUAUGCAUUUAUUGUUUCGCUUUCCCUCUACGACCCGAUUUUUUUUUCUUUUUUACCAAUCCCCAUAGUGGGUGCAUGCCAUUUCACGAUUCAUCAUCAUCACCAGCUGGGAUGGUCAACAACAAUAAUGUGGUCCCCUUUGCGAAGUGUUGUUUCUAUCACGUUUGCGUUCAACGUCGCCUCAGGCACCUCGGACCUGUUCACUGCAACGCAAGACAUGCAGGAGUCGAUUGGAACAGAAAACACAGCUCUUGAAGACGGCUACUUGUACCUGAUGUUGGAACAACGGCGGCUGGAGAAAGUCAUAGAACACUAUAGAGCACUGCGGACUGCGAAGUCGCUGCGAGAUGGCCUCAAUACAUUGGGAACAUUCCUCUUCAUCAGCCGUCUCGCCAACUCAUACCCCAAAUUCAGCGCUCCUUGUCCCAGCCUAUGUAGCCUUCCUUCGGCUUUCCUGCCGUCUUAUUCCCGACGUUGGUGGCCCACGGUCGGCGAUCUCAGUGGCGCCGCUGCUGGAAUCUGCAAGUUGCAGCAAGUGUACGACAUUCCGGUGGAUACGAUAGCAUCCAUGCGUUCUCGCUUACUGCCAGCCGUUUCGCCCGAAGACUUGGCACACGUUGCCAGGGGUUGCUUUACGGAUGGAGAGUUUGGGAACACUUCCGCCUGGAGCCAAGCAGCGCUUGCAAUGACGUCGUCCAUCACUGGCGGCGCAUUCAGGAGGCUUGAGCUUGGCCUCAAAAUACUGCGGACAAACGACGAGCUCAGGCGGCAGUUGGGACAGCGAGCGAAAUAUAUGUCGCUAAACCACUACCCUUCCUCGCCGGAGUCAGAUGUCAGCCAGUACAAAUCGGUCUGCGUUCGACAGGGCGCCGUGAGAUCAUCUGGCAGCAGACUUGUUUGCAAGAUGUCUACGAACUUCGGAGAUCCGCGCUUCAUUCUUCAGCCGCUCAAGUUAGAGGUGCUGUCGCUGAAGCCACGAGUAGUGCUCAUCGGCGACUUCCUCUCCCCAUCGGAAGUGAACUACAUCCGAUCGGCGGCGCAGAAAGGAUUCAAGCGUGCAGGCGUCUACUCCCCGACUGACACUGCAGGGAUGCCAAGCUGGAAACGAAUCGGCAAGGUAUCCUGGCUUUGGGAUCACGAACACGGUCCGCUACAGAGUCUGACCCGCCGCAUAGGAGCUGCAACGGGCCUCUCGGUGGAAACGGCGGAGGCAUACCAGGUAGCCAACUACGGCCUCGGUGGACACUACACACCUCACCUGGACGCGCAUGGAUUCGGCGAAGUUGCUCACAGCGUUGACACCGAGAACGGCAACCGACUGGCCACGACACUGAUGUACCUGACCGACGUGGCUGCGGGAGGCGCCACUGCCUUUGUAAAGCUCGGAAUCGCGGUGAAGCCUCGCGUCGGUGACGCCCUCUUCUGGUACGACUUAGAGCCGUACGCUGGGGACGAUGCCCCACAGCACUUCUCUUUCUGGCACCAGAAGAGGAGGGCGGACGACCUCUCCCUGCACGUCGGCUGCCCCGUACUGUGGGGCUCCAAGUGGAUCGUGACUAAGUGGAUUCGUGAGCGUACUAACGCCGUCGUGCGUUACGACACACCCGGCUGACGCCCGCGGAUAUGCGAGGAAGACGGCGUGUGUCUAAAUGAAAUCGGUCUUGUGAGCAAAGCAGCUA